AAGCUCGAGCUCGCUGCGCGCACUUUGUGCUUCAUCUGUCCGUCAUUCGCGUCGUGCGCUCUCGUCCGUUGUUCGUUCACGCAGUGUUCUCCGCUUCUCUCUCUCUCUCUCUCUCUCUACUCUCUCUGCGUCUCUCUCUCCCUCUCUCCUCGCGAGUUCCUCCUUGGAACCGGACGAUCCUCGUGUGCGUGAACCUCUUCGUUCGAUCGUGUUCAACCCCACGGCUCAGCCACUCGAUCAGGUAGGUGUUGCAUUUUUAUCAUCGACUCGUAGGGGAAGAGACAAAUUUCUCUUCUUCGCGGCAAUUGUGCAAAACGAUUGUAUACGAUAGUGUGGUGUUAUAUACGGGUUUGUAUAACGUAUUACGUACGUGGUAUACCGUAUAUCAGUGAAGUUGUGAACUUUUCGAGUGACACGAUGGGGAAAAUAGGUUUAUCCCAAAAUUGGUAGCGGAGUGCGAAGAGACGGAGGAAGCGGAUGGAUCGAGAGGAAAGAUUUCGAGGAGGGUUUUGACACGAUCGACGAGAUGCCACUGUCAGAGUUCCGUAAAAAGAAGUUACUCUACGUUUUUAACACCUUCUUCGAUUUCAAUCAGAGUGGUGCGAUUGACAGAAAGGAUCUUGACCUUGCUAUACAACGAAUCAAUGAAAACAGAGGUUGGUCUGCUGACAAUCCCAAGGCUCAAAGUAUAAGGGAUACUUUGCUUAAAAUGUGGGAUAACUUGAGGCAAGGGGCUGAUACGGAUCAAGAUGGCCAGGUGAGUCGAGAGGAAUGGUUCCAACUGUGGGAAGAAUAUGCGAAAAAUCCAUCGAACCCAUCCGAGUGGCAAGAAGCAUACAUGUCUGUGACGUUCCAGUUGUUCGAUGCAUCCGGUGACAAAUCGAUCGACGAGAACGAAUUUUGUAACGUGUGCAGAUACCACGGAAUCGCGGAGGCCGAGGCAAGGGAGGCCUUCAAAAAAUUAGGAGUCGGUCAGGAAAUUACCUGGGAUAAAUUCACCAACCUCUGGAAGCAAUAUUUCUCCUCGGACGAGCCGACCGCAGCCGGAAACUUUAUUUUCGGAAAGACUUCCUUCUAACUCGCUUUAAACCCGCGGAAAAGUCAACCGACGUGCAUAAUAUAUAAUAUAUUACACUUCCUUGAGUCGCGUUAUAUACCUUCGUCCAUUCUGUUGAUUUAUCAUGAUCAAUUUUAUCCCCUUGGAUCUUUAGCCGAGCUGUUUCCGUUCAACAACGAACAACAAACAAACCAUUUGGAUAUUUUAUUUCUUAAAAAAUUAUUAUCGAAAGAAUUGUCCUCGUUUUCUUUUUCUUUUUUUUUUCAUAGAGAAUUUAUCUUCCUUUCCUUUUUUUCUUUCUUUCUUCGACGAUUAAAUGAAUAAUAAGAACAAUCGCCCGCGCCAACUCGCCAUCGUCAAUCGAAGAGAUGUAAGUUCGACGAUGUUUAGCGCAACAGCGAAGAAUCUCCUUCCGCCGCGGUAAUAAAUUAUAACCUCACUGUAUGUUUGUAUAUGUAGCGUUAUUUAAAUGUAAGAGAAAAAAAAAAAAAGAAAAAAAAAUGAUCGUGACUCGUGACAAGCCUCCUUCACGUCCAGUGGCAGGGAUCGUUGUGCUUUCGGAAGUGGGUGUAAUCGAACGAUCUCGAUUUUCGUUCGUCUACGGAAACAACAAAAUAUCUCACUCCAUUCGUUGAACAGAAAAUAAUUUUCAGAGUUGAACUUGUUCCGAAUAAAGCAUAGCCGCAUAUAUUAAUGGCUUCAGACUUUUUUUUGUAACGUUGGGAAGAAAGAGAGAAAAGAUAUAUGGCGUGAUGUUGAAACGAGUAAAAAAAAAGAAGAAAAAGAGAAAAAGGGAAAUAAAGAACAAAACAAAACAAAAAAAAAAAAAAAUGAAUGUGUCUUCGUUCGUAAUUAUUGGCAGAAAUAAAUUAGAGAUGGAUUAAAAAGUGAGAGAAAAAAAAAGAAAAAAAAGAAAAAAAAACGUUGGCUUAAUUAUCGUGUAAUAUGAAAUAUUGCAGAAAUGAAGUGUUAUAUUUUAAACGAGUUUCAAUAUUGCCCUAAAUGUGUCUUGUAUAGAUAUUAUUAUAUGAUGUUAUAAUGAGAGAUAAAAGGUACAUAUAGAAAAAAUAUAUAUGUAUAGAUAAAUAUACAAGGUGUUAAUAUAUUUGUGAAACAUCUUUGGAGAUGGUCAAUUCUAGAAGUACAAACUACUAAACGCAAAGAUUGGAAUAACAGAGGCAAGACAAAGACAAAAUGAGAUGGUUCUAUCUCAUUUUAUCUAAUACGAAAUUAAAUUGUUUACAACUUAAUAAAUGAAUUUGGGCAUUUUGCAUUUGUUUUGACUUUCGAAUUUUCAAAAAUAUUUCAUAAAUAUAUUAAUAUCUUGCACAUACGCAAUGUACCUACAGAGAUAUAUAUAUAUAUAUAUAAAUAUAUAUAUGUAUAUAUAUUUAUAUAUAUACUUGAAUAAACAGACGAUAGACUUUUCAAUAAAUUAUAAUUAAAGAGAUUUUUAAAUUUUAAUCGAUGUUGACUCGUGAAGGAGGAGUCGAACAACUGAACAACUGGUACGUAUUUCAAUUUUAACCUAUUUAAUAUUUUAUUGCCCGAUUUUUCAAUGAAAUUUUUAAAAUAUUAUGUUACAGUUUUGCUUUUAAUUUCAAUUUCCUUAGAAAAAAAUUUAACUGAUACAUGACAUUAUUAUAUUAAUAUUAAAAUAAUAUAAAUUAUCGAUAAUCAUUUGAUGAGCAAUAGAAAUUUAAUGAAUUUGUAACAAAGAUAAAAAUAUGAAAAUAAAAUGCUCGCAUUCGUAUUUGUAUACGCAAAAUUUUAAAUACAAAUUUAAAAAUUAAAAAUUCUACAGAUUUUAAUUUAUAGAUUAUAACUUAUUACAAAUUACUGUAGUGAUGUGUUUAAAAAUCUUUUCUCAAUAUUAUUUUUUUUAUUAGUUUUAUUAAUAAAAUAUUUUUUAUUUAAAUUAUAAAGAUGUAAACAAGAAAAAUGAACAUGUGUACGAAUAUGAUUGAGAGCAAUUUACUAUUUAGUUAUAUUCUUCAAAACUUUCUUGUGCUUCAAGAUAUUGAACAACAAUGUUGUUUCGCGACUUAAUAUAGCCUGUCAUGUAAUUCUGAAUGUACAAUAAAAGAAAAUUGAAAACAGUAA